AUGACCCGCAUCUUCUUGUUGGCUGUUCUGCUAGCUAUCUUCAAUGGGCAAGCUUGCUCUUUCCCGGGAAACAAUGAGUUGAAUACCCAUGGCAAGGGAAACAAAUGUGGUUCGGGUGACACCAGUACUUGCUGGAGUGACUGGACCACGAAAACCAUAUCUACAACCACUUCGUGUGAUACGUCUAUCACCACGGACAUACCAACCACUACAGACGCAUCCACCAAUACAAACACACCCACAAUUACGGAGACAGAUACGGACACAGAAACAGAUACAGAUACACCAAUCACUACGAACACUCCCAUCACAACAGAUACCCCUACAACUACAGACACUCCAACCACAAUAGGCUACACCCACUACAACCACGGACACACCAACUCCCACAACAACUGA